AUGGCUCCUGGAAUACGAAUGAAAGAGCCAUUAAGGGAUGAGAAGGUAUGCUGUGAGCCACGCCUUAAUCAAAACAAUGCGAUGCAAUCGCAAUCAUGCAGCUAUCAUACUCCUGGAAUGAUCAGACGAGUUGGACCAGGACAUGGUCUACGGGAUAAUGCUAAAUAA